AAAAUCUUAUAUGCACCGCCAAUGGCCAUAUGGACCCUGGUUAGAGUAUGAAGAAUGGGCCUGGAACAGAUUUUUUACUGUUCAAGAGGUUCCCAACUACUUGCCUUCUAUCAGUGCAGCUAUUGGUGGUUUUACUCCUCAACGAUAUGUGUGGCGGGCAUGUAUUGGCCUUCAUUGUGCUCCUCGCUUCUUAGUAGCAUUUACAUAUUAUAACUUCCACAUGUCUGUCAGGCUGGCUGAGAAGAACAAACUGUACGGACAUUUAGCAGCUGUUGCAUGUGUGUUGCACAUAAUUGAAAAUUUAGCUUUAUUAGGUCUCACUUAUGUAGCAUCAAAUGAAAACCACUAUGCCCAUGAAAAGUUCUUCAUCACAUUUCUUGUAUCUUCUUUGUUUUAUAUGCUGUUCACUAUAAUUCUAGUGAAAUGGGGCCGUACAUAUGAUGGCAGGAAGAUGACUUCAAGAGAAAGGAAAUCUUAUUCAACCAAAUUUAGCUUAUUUGCAUUCAACAUAUCAUGUUGUUUCAUUGCUGCUUACGUGUAUUGGCGACAUAAUAAAUAUUGUGAACCAGGAGUUUUCACUAUGUUUGCUUUGUCAGAAUAUCUCAUUGUUGCGACGAACAUUUGGUUCCAUUACAACUGGAUGAGUAGUGAUUUAUCUAACACUUUAUGGAUAAACAUUUCACUUGAAGACAGAAAACACUACUUACCUAUCUAACAAGAUUUUCAAAAAUAUUUUUACUGGAACAAAUAAGCUGAGAGGCAAGGUUGCAAUUCACAAGGUGAUACUUUAGAUAAAACAGUUUAAGGAAGCGCAAAAGUCUUUCAAUGAUCUCAAAUCAUUGCUUAUGGAAUGCAAUAUAAAUGUGCUAAACAAUUAAGCAGACUCCAAGGAAACAGGAUUGGUCUGUGUUAGCAAGACUUGUUACUAUACAGUAAUAUCAAUAGAGUACAGUUAACUUGCUGUGGGGAGUGACAAUCGAUGGUUCAGAUAGAGUUCUUCUUCAGUGCAAUUUACCAUUUUCUUUUCUUUUUCUUUUUUUUUCUUUUUCUUUUUGCAACUUAGAGGAUGUCAAAUUCUGCUGUGUUUUUUAAAUUUCACUCUUGUCAACCUUUCCCUGAAAAAGACUUUGUCCAAAAUAUUGGAUUUUCCACUGUUCAUAGGUUGAUCACAUACUAUUUUUGUUGAUUUUACUGAAUAAACAUACAUGCAUACAAGCAUACACAUAUAUGUAUGUACAUGUGUGUGUGUAUAUAUAUAUUAUGUGUAUGUAUGUGUGUGCAUAUAUAUAUAUAUAUAUAUAUAUAUAUAUAUAUAUAUAUAAAAUCAAACACACAUACACAAUGUGUGUGUGUUAGUUCAAAAUACAGCUGCCUGACAAACUAACAACACACAUACCUUGUGUGCAUUCAACUUUGUUUAUAUAGCUCAAGCUGCUUCUAAUUCAUGUAAGACAGAAUAUAUAUAUAUAUAUAUAUAUAUAUAUAUAUAAAGAGAGAGAAAAAGAAUGUAAAGAGUCUAGGUAAAUAUUUUUUAAUGAAACUACUGUAAAGAUUUUAAGAUGAAUAUCUCUGAAAAAAUUCCAAAGACUUGUAAAUAAUAUUUUGCUCAAAGGAAAUAUUUCCUACAAGAGUUCACCAAAAUAUUGGUGAUACUAUAUUGAUAUUUAUUGAAAAUGUAUUCUUAUAAGUUUUGAAUGUUUUGGGUCCAGAUUUUGUCUUUCCUCUUUCUUUGCUUAGAUGUUCUUCAUUUAAGAUAUUGGAAAAGAUUUUUAUGGUAUUGAUCAGCUGAGUAUGAACAGUUCCUUUUUGCCCUUAGUUAUGUCAAAGUUUGGAAUCAAUAAGUAUUGAUAAGCUGUCAAAAGAAAUAAUAUUCUUGACCAGCUUUUAUUUAUCGCUGGCAAGUGAAAAAAUGUCUACAAAUAUUAAAAUUUGUGUUUGCAAAUGUCUGUAAGACAGAAUAAUAAUGGUAGUAAUUGGUAGAUUUCAAGAAGAUGGCUCCAAGAAGAAGAAAAAGAAAAAUGACCACCUCAGAAAACAUGAUGAUACAAAGGUUUCUUGACGGAGAAUUAAGGUAUUUAUCCUUGUUCUAUAAUGCUACAUAAUAUCCCUUAGUUUAACAAGUACACAAUGAAUGGAGUUGAAAUUAAUAGUUUUAAGAUGUUUUUUUUUAAGUUGUGGAAUUACAGAGAGAAUACUUUUAGUUAUGUCACUGUGUGUUCUGAGUUCAAAUACCCAAAAGAUUCACUUUACCUUUCAUCCAUCCAGAAUUUGUCACAUUGAAGUUGAUUUAAUUGACUCAGCCUAUCACCAACAUUUCUGCUUAUUAUUGUUGUUGUUAUUAUUAUCAUUUGAUGAAAACUCUCAGCUUAUUUUGCUGGGUAUGAUGGAAAGUGUCAGCUGUCCACUGCCAGCAGACUAAGGUGACACUUGUUUACUGGUCAUGCUGCAAGAACCCUGCAAAGAAUUCUUGCAGUUCCAAGCAAUGCUGGUUUUUGUAGGUCUUCUGUCUUUACAUUUGUACCAAUCUUUUUGAGCCAUGUUGGUAACUGAGUGCUGAUACUUCCAAGUGCACCGAUUACUAUUGGUAUCACGUCUACUCUCCUCAUUGACCACAACCUUUGUACUUCCCUCUUCAAAUCAUUGUAGUUGUUCAGUUUUUCUUCUUUCGCUUUGAUGCUGUUGUCACCAGGACAUGCUAUGUCGAUUUUCAUGCAAGUUCUUUCUUUUUUAUUCACCACGACAGUGUCUGGUUUCCAAUGUCUGGUCAGGUGAUUUCACUGAAUCAUUGCAUCCCACAGGAUUUUGCAAUCUUCAUUUUCGGUGACUCCUUCUGGGGUUUGCUCAUACCACAUCUUAGCUCUUUGUAGGCCGUAAUUUCCUUAGAGCUCCCAAUGGAUUAUUCUUGCCACAUUGUCAUGUCAUCUUUUGUAAUUGUAUUGUACCAGUUUCAGGCAUUCGCUAAUGGUGUGCCAUACUGUUUCAUCCCUCUCACCACACAUUCUGCAUUUGUCUAUUUUGGUAGUGUUGUUGAUUAUGCACUCACAUGAUUAGUACUUAAUGCUUCUUCUUGUGCUGCACAUAUAAGUGCUUCUGUCUCUACCUUCAGGUCACUACUCCUCAUCCAUAGCCACCAGUCUUCUGCAUCUGUCAGUAUUUGGGUGUCUUUGGUCAAUCUUAUUGUUAACUUGUAGGCCAAGAGACUUUUUAAAUUUCUGACUAAGCUUCAUAACUGAAGCUUGCUUGGAAUCUUCAUGCUUCAAUGCAGGUCGUAAGAGCACAUCACUUGUUGUACUAGGUACGUUUCAAGGUCUAUUAUUGCUGGUUUGAAGGAUUAUGUGAACUGUAUCAGGCUUCUUCCACCUAUUUUUCUUGGGAGAUAAAUCUUGUCUACAUCUGAUUUUGGGUGGUGCAUUCGGUACCUUGUAAAGAUUUUACAGAUCUUUCCGUCCAUAUUUUGCAUGUCAGUGAAACUCCACUUAAUGAUACCAAAGCUAUAUGUGGUUACUGGAAUUGCCAAAGAAUUGGUUGCAUUAAUUCUGUUAGCAGCAUUUAAUUCUGAGUUUAGGACCAUUCUUACCCUUCGAUAGCGUUCCUUGCAGAUUUUCUUUUUCAUUCUAGAAUGCUGGAUACCAUCAGCUUCAUUGGUUUCCAGAUAUUUGUACACUUCAGAAUCGUCUAGGUUUCGAAUAACUGUGGUGGUAUCAAGUUUUAUGUUUUCUGCCUUUAUGAACUUCCCUGUCUUGAAAGUAGCCAUUGCAUAUUUAUCAAGUCCGAAUUCCAUACCUAUAUCAGAGCUGAAUUCUUUGACAAUAUUCAGGAGCUCUUCUAAAUCUUUGUUGUUUUUGGCAAACAGUUUUAGAUCAUCCAUAUAGAGUAGAUGAUUGAUUUUCUGAUCAAAGAUCUUAUACCCUCUCUUAACAUUAUUCAGUUGCAUGGAUAGAGGGAAAAGCACGAGGCAGAAUAGUAAUAGUGAUAAUGAGUCACCUUGUAAGAUACCUCAGAUGAUAUUGAUGUCUGGUGAGGUGGUAUAUCCUUGUGUAUGGUUUAAAAUGAGGGUGGUUCUCCAUGAAUUCAUGAUUACAUUUAAAAAGUUCACAAUUGUUGGAGCUAUCUUGUAAAUUUCCAGGGUCUUGAUGAUCCAUGCAUGGAGGACACCAUCAAAAGCCUUCUUGUAAUCUAUCGAAGCCGUGAUAAGGUUUCUGUGUUUGUAUUUGCAAUUUUCAAUUACCGUAUUGUUGUCAUAUUUGGCUUUUACUUUGUAUUUAAACAAGUUAACUCCAAGUUUCAUUCAGAGAACUCGAGAGACAAUUAGAAGUUCAAGUUGGUAUUAUGAUUAUAUUUUUGGUUUUGCACAGAGUAUUAUUCUAGAGAAUGUCUGUCAAAACAUAAGAAAAUUAAAAGUUUGUUUUAAAAAUAACUUGAUGAUAAGAUGAUAGUGUGAUCUUAAGAUGACAGUAAAAGGUGUUUGGUAUUAUGUACAUUUAAAAGUACUUUUGAUAAUGUUUACAGAUUAAAAUGUUUUUGGAAUCGCAUGGAUAAUAUUUUUCAUACGAUAUGAACAAUUCAUAUGAGCACUAUUUUUUUAUAUUUCCUUACAGCUUCUUGUAGGUAGGAAUUAAUCUUGGGCUGCUAUGAGAAACCCUUCUGUUUCUGAUUUUAAGCCAGAAGGUGCUAACCAUUGAUGGUUAAGGGCUUUGUCAACAUCAGCAUUAUUUGUUCACUUUGAGUAUUUACCAUUGAGAGGUAUUUCUUGUUAUUUAUCAGUGCAAAUAUCUAAGGCAGCAGUUUUAGCAAGGGUUUUCAUGCAUUUGGCUUUUUCUGCGCUUGUUUCCAGUACAACUAAUUCUGGAACUUGCUGUAUUUGGAAUUCACUUGCAUAUUUCAUUGCUUGUUUUGUUAUUGAGUUUUCUUGUUUUUGUGCUUUAAGACAAGUUUUAUCCAAUCAUCAGAAUUUUUCAGAUGAAUGUUUAAGCCAAUUGUGGCAAUCUUCAGUGUCAAUUGUAAGAGUUAUAAAAGUCCAUGGCUACCCUCUUUUCUUGGCAAGUAAAGUCGUUAUACAUCUGCCUUAGAGUCGUGUAUUCUAUUCAUAGUCAACAAUUUUCAAAUUUUUCUAUCAAGCUCACAGAUUCCACUCAUUGACCAGUUAAUAAUAGUGAAACUGUAAGUUACAACCAGUAUGGCUAAAGUAUUAGUCACUUCAGUUCUGUUUCUUGCAUUUAGAUCUGUCUUGAGUAUUGCCCUUAUCCUGCGAUAACAUUCUUUUCUGAUCUUUUCCCUCAUCAUUGAAUGUUUGAUUCCAUCACUUUCAUAUACCCCUAACUAUUUGUAAUCCUCUGGUUCUAACUCCUUUAUAACAUUCUGUCGGUCAAGUUUGACAUUAGAUGUUUCUACCAUUUUCCCUCUUAUAAAGGUAGCUUUUGUGCUCUUAUCAAGGCCAAAUUCCAUUCUGAUGUCAUCACUAAACUGUUUUACAAUUGCUAGUAAGCCCUGUAGUUUCUGGUCAUUUUUUACAAAGAGCUUUAAAUCAUCCAUGUAAAAGAGAUGAUUUAUAGUUUUAUCAAAACUUUUAUAGCCACAUUGUCUGAAGAAAUCAAUCCAGUUGUCCUACCUCUGUCAGAACGUAAACAGCCACUAGUCUGAAAGCAUCCCAGUCAUUACUGUUCGCAUCCAGGACCACCGACUUACUCUCUGGAUCCAGGAAGAUGGUCCUUAUCUUGAUAUUCAGACCCUUCCAGAACAAUAUUGCAGUCCCACCCACCAUUCCUGGUUGACAUGGAUAUAAGUAAAUCUCAUAUCCACUGAAAAUGAGCAUGAAAGCUUGAUUGUAAAGUCUGAUCUCACUGACAGCCACAACAUUUAUGCCCACUAACCUGAGGUCAUUGAGUAGGUGGCCCUGUUACCAAGGUGACUGCCAGGUUACAUGAUUUCAUACUUCCUAUUCUGAACAUGGCCGUGUUAAACAGUAGGAAAGAAGAACAGAGGAUAGAGCUACUUAGAGAGUGAUCUUAUGAGGGAGGGGAGAUAGAUGUUCUGUCCCUCUGGUUAGAUGUGAGUGUUUCCAUGAACGGUUCUUUAUAAAGUCUUGUUAAUGUUUUUUCUGAAAUUCUCUACUCCAUCAGGCACUUGUUUUUUAUGGUGUUAUAUGAAGGUGUACAAGAGGUUUCUAGAUCCGAAACUUCUUGGGAUGCAGUGAACCACUGUGGCACCAUUCCAUUGAUUGUUGCUUGAUCUGGGGAUCAGGAUGAUGAAGUCAAGUUUCAUCCAUGGUGACUAAACGAGCCAUAAAAUCAGCCUCUCAUUCUGCAAACUGGUCCAAAAUCGCCCUUGUUGUUGUCACUGUGAUGCACUUCUGAUCUGCAUUCAGGCAUUUUGGCACCCAUUUUGCAGAAAGCUUUCUCAGGUCCACAAUGUUGUGGACAAUGUGGUCAACUCUUUCGCGGAAAAUCCCCAGAGUCUCAGCUAUGACUUUAACUGAAAUCCGGCACUCCUCAAGAAUCAUGAUGUGCACAGCAUUAGCUUUGUCUUCUGUGGUCAUGGAAGUUGGCUGUCCUGACUGAGGUUCAUCUAUGACUUCAAAAUGACCAGUCCGAUAUCUUGACACCCAGAUUUUCACUGUGGAGUAAGAUGAGCAGCCAUCCUUCAAGACCUCUUUUAUCAUGCCAUGGAUUUCUGCUGCUCCUUUGCCUCACAAGAAACUUCAUGACUGCACAUGCUUCAAUUUUACCAAAAUCCACUGUAGGAGCUACCAUCAUGUGUUAAAUCUGCAAAAAAGAGAAAGAUAUAUUGUAUACCAUUGUGAUUUUUUGCUUAUCUUUUCCUAAAUAGUUAUCUUUUCCUAAAUAGUUGUCGUACUCCCCUGUAAAGGUAACAGUUCUACCUUUUGCGAUACCAGGAACUUUUCAGUACCCCCUUGUAUGUGUUAUUUGUAUGAUUUUUAUGUAUGUUAGUGUAUUGUUUGUUGAUGCGAUGAAAUUGCUCUGAGUGAUGCCUGAGUGAUUGUGUAUGUGUUCCUUUAGUGCUUUGUUGUGUUUAUGGCAGUGAAAUUUGUGACACUUUUGUUGUUGUUUUUGAUUUGUGGGCAUGAUUGUAUUUGCUAGUCUUUGUGCUGGUGGCUGUGUCUAUGGUGAUGAUGGUGUUGGAAGUGUUGGUGGUGGUGUUGGUAUGUUGCUGUUGAGAAGUUCUGUCUGUUGGGUCUGCCUGCUUUUUUUGUUGGCAUGUUUGUGUUUUUUUGUUCAUUAUCUGUUGCUAUUCUUCCUCAUCACUUUCACCACACUACAUGGGGUCGUAUUUGGUGGGGUGGGGGGAAUGUCUUGGAGGUCAU